UUCCUCCUUGAAAAAAAUGAAAAAAAAAUUCAAGAACUAGUGAGAGAAUGUAAGAAAUACUUCAUCUUCUUCAUCAUAAUCAUCAUCUAUCAUCAAUGAAGCUCUGAUUAGUAAGAAGAUGAAGAAGAAUGGAAAAAAUAUUGAAACAUGCGUCCUUGUAACGCCACGUGGCUAAAUCCAACUGGGUAAGCGAUUUUUCAUCGGGCACCCACGAAAACACAACUCUCUGCUGCCCUGUCAGUGUUAAGCCCCGUCCUCUAUGACCACGGCGAAUCCGUAUCGUAUGCUUCUCUCUCUUACUUUCUCUUUUUCUCUUUCUAUUUAUUACGUUUGUCCCCUCUUCUCCCGUUUACGAGUUCUUCGAUGCCCUAAUCCCUGCCUCUUCACAUUCUUCACUUCAAACUUUAAACCAUUCAUCGAAAUCUGUUGGCGUCUUUAAAUUGUUUAAACCCAUCCAUCCAUCCAUCUCUCUCCCUGUCUGUCUUUACUCGAUUCCGAUUCUUUCUACAGAUUGAUUUGGAGAAUACUUCCGUAUCUAGCAAAAUGAUUAAUAGAAACUGGGUCUCAAAACGCAAACGACGGAAGCUUCCAUCUGGUGCAAAUAUACUAAAUAACAAAGAAGCUAAUCCUCCUGCUUCUGAGUCCCCAAGUAGCAGUUCUUCGUCCAAGCGCAAGAGAAAUACACGUCAAAAUGCUUCCAGCAAGAAGAAGGGGAAUGAUGGGUACUACUACGAAUGUGUAGUCUGUGAUGUCGGUGGCAAUUUGCUUUGCUGUGAUCGCUGUCCAAGAACUUAUCACAUUCAAUGUCUUAGUCCUCCAUUAAAGCGGAUUCCAAGUGGGAAGUGGCAUUGCCCUACUUGCAGCGAGAAGAGUGAUUCACAUGGACCCAUUGACCAUCAGGAUCUCAAACCCAAACAAGUGUCAACAAAGAUAGCCUUAGAAAAUUCUAAAUCUUCCGUUAAAUCACCAACCAGUCGGAAAGUACCUCAACUUUUUGGGACUGCUAUUCGUGGAAAGAAGAGAUCGUCUAGUAAGAGAAAGUCUUUGCUUGUUCACAAAAUUCAGGCUGUUGAAGAAAAACUAGGGACCGCCGAUACUAGUGUCUCUACAGAGCAUGUUCAAACCUCUCCUGCUGCUUCUGUUAAGGAUGCACAAUGUGUGGAUGAUGGUAUUGAUGGUAAACCUGAACAAGUUGGUGAAGGAGAAAAGAGACCUUCUUCUUCUCCUACAACAAAGGUUGUUUUAGUAUCUGAGUUAAUGGUCUCAAGAUCAGAUCCUGACCCUACAACAGAUAAGAAAUCAGACAUACCUGAUCAUAAUGGAAAUCCAGAUAAACAACUCUCUAAGGAAUCUAUCACUAUUAAAGAUAGAAAAAGAAAACGCAAGGUCCACAUUGGUGAUGCUAAGAAGAAAUGCAGAAGUGAUAUUUCCCCAAAACUCGGGAUGAAAGACGACCAUUUAUGCCCCAAAAUGAGUAAAUUGUGCAAAAAACGUAGAAGUAUUCAUCACCGGCCUUCUACAUCUGGCUUAAAGGAGGACAUUGUGAAAAGGAAUUUUGAGAUGCACAUAAAAGAUGAGGCUGUUAAGGAAGAUGUAGUCAUAGAGAACGAGUUGCAUGAAGCGGAAGUAAUUGAAAAUGAAUCACUUAAUAAAACAACUCUUCCCGGUGAAAUUCAGCAGGUUGAUCGAGUGUUAGGUUGUCGACUAGCAAUUAAUGAAAAACGGUCUAUAUGUCAAAUCUCUACUGUUGAUGCAACUGAUCUGGUCAUUGAUGGCGUUUCUCUGCUAGAUAACCCAAAUAUUGCAGCAAAUGUCAAUCCUGUCUCUGAUACUUCUCUCGAUAGGGAAGCUGAACAGACUGCCGUCAAUCACUCUGAUGAGGUUAAGAGCAGCACUAAAGGUAGUCGAGUGGACAAAAUUCUGGUAUACAGAAGAUCUGUUAGUAAAGAAAAUAGAGAUCCCCCAGAUUCUAUUAAGAAAUGCACUAGUAUCUCUAGUUCAAUAUCUCUAAACAAGAAAAAUCAAGAGGUGACUUCUGUGGGCAAGGAAAAUGAUUCUUCUUCAACGAGCCAUGAGAUAAACUUGGACUCAAGUCAGAAGAAUGUUCCUCAGUCAACCAGUGAAGUGAAGGAGGUAAUUGUUGAAGUGAGAAACGAUAAAGAUCCUAACACUGUCCAAAAUGAAUUGGGAUCUGUUUGCUCUAAUGGAGUAAUCCCAUCAUAUGAAUUUUUAGUCAAAUGGGUUGGGAAGUCCAACAUUCACAACAGUUGGAUUUCCGAGUCUCAGCUGAAAGCUGUUGCGAAGAGGAAACUUGAAAAUUACAAGGCCAAGUAUGGGACAACACUAAUAAACAUAUGUGAAGAACGGUGGAAGCUCCCACAGAAAGUGAUUUCCAUGCGUUCUUCCGAAGCUUUAGUUAAAUGGACUGGUCUAUCUUACUAUGAAUCCACUUGGGAAAAACUAGACGAGCCUGUAAUUAUUUCCAAUGCCUCUCAUUUGAUUGAUUUAUACAAUCAGUUUGAACGACAAGUUUCAGAGGAAUGUAAACCAAAGUUUAAAUCCAACAGUAAGCAAACCGAGAUCACUAUGCUCACUGAACAACCGAAGGAGCUUGAAGGAGGUGCGUUGUUUCCGCACCAACUUGAAGCGUUGAAUUGGUUACGUAAAUGUUGGUUCAAAUCAAGGAAUGUGAUAUUGGCCGAUGAAAUGGGGCUCGGGAAGACUAUUUCGGCUUGUGCCUUCAUGUCAUCGCUUUACUUCGAGUUCAAGGUUAAGCUGCCUUGCUUAGUUUUGGUUCCCCUUUCGACUAUGCCCAACUGGAUGGCCGAAUUUGCAUUAUGGGCGCCAAAUAUAAACGUAGUCGAGUAUCAUGGAUGUGCAAAAGCGAGAGCUAUGAUUCGUCAGUACGAGUGGCACAGUAACGAUCCGAAAUACAAGAACGCUUUUAAAUUCAACGUUCUCUUAACGACGUACGAGAUGGUUCUCGCCGAUUCGUCUCAUCUGCGUGCAGUUCCUUGGGAAGUUCUUAUCGUCGAUGAGGGUCACCGUUUGAAGAAUUCAAGCAGUAAGCUCUUCAAUCUGCUUAACACGUUUUCUUUUCAAAACCGAGUGUUGCUAACAGGGACUCCUCUUCAGAAUAAUAUCGGAGAAUUGUACAACCUGCUGAAUUUCUUGCAACCGUCUGCGUUUCCUUCUCUUUCGUCUUUCGAGGAGAAUUUUAAUGCGCUAACGACGGCAGAAAAAGUCGACGAGCUGAAAAAACUGGUAGCUCCGCAUAUGCUCAGGAGGCUUAAAAAGGAUGCCAUGCAAAAUAUCCCUCCAAAAACCGAGAGAAUGGUCCCUGUUGAACUAACGUCCAUCCAAGCUGAAUAUUAUCGAGCGAUGUUAACAAAAAACUAUCAGAUUUUACGGAAUUUGGGGAAAGGAGUUCCUCAGCAGUCGAUGCUCAACAUUGUGAUGCAGUUGAGAAAGGUUUGCAACCAUCCGUAUCUUAUACCGGGAACUGAACCCGAUUCAGGAUCUGCUGAAUUCCUUCACGAAAUGCGUAUAAAAGCUUCGGCUAAGCUGGCCUUGCUGCAUUCGAUGCUCAAGAUAUUACAUAAAGAUGGUCAUAGAGUCCUUAUAUUUUCCCAGAUGACAAAACUUCUCGAUAUCCUCGAAGACUAUUUAACGUUUGAAUUUGGGCCAAAAACGUUCGAGAGAGUAGACGGUUCUGUUUCUGUUGCUGAUCGGCAAACAGCAAUUGCGCGUUUCAAUCAAGACAAGAGUAAAUUUGUCUUCCUGUUAUCGACACGAUCAUGUGGCCUCGGAAUUAACUUAGCGACUGCUGACACUGUUGUUAUUUACGAUUCGGAUUUCAACCCUCAUGCGGAUAUUCAAGCAAUGAACCGUGCACAUCGUAUUGGCCAAUCGAACAGGCUCUUGGUUUACAGGCUAGUUGUUCGAGCUAGUGUUGAGGAACGUAUUUUACAACUUGCAAAGAAGAAAUUAAUGCUUGACCAACUUUUUGUGAACAAAUCGGGAUCGCAGAAGGAGGUUGAGGAUAUCAUUCGAUGGGGCACAGAAGAACUCUUUUACGAUCAUCCCAUGAAUGAUGAUGAGAAUAAGGUUGAAGUAGUUGCAGAUGUUGAACACAAGAAAAGGAGAACCGGUGGAUUAGGGGAUGUCUAUAAAGAUAAAUGUACAGAUGGUAGUAGUGGAAAAAUAACAUGGGAUGAAACGUCGAUCCUCAAAUUGCUUGACCGUUCAAAUAUCCAGUUUAAUUCAGCUGAAAAUGGAGAAGAGGAUCUCGAAAAUGAUAUGCUUGGAUCCGUAAAGUCUCUGGAAUGGAACGGUGAACCGAUAGAUGAGCCGCGAAUAGCUGAAUCUCCAUGCAUUCUGGCUGAAGAGCCAGAGAAAAAAGAGGACGUUUCAGUUGGUAUUAGCGAUGAAAAUGAAUGGGAUAGGCUUCUCCGAGUGAGGUGGGAAAGAUAUCAAAAUGAAGAGGAAGCGUCUCUUGGCAGAGGGAAAAGGCUAAGGAAAGCGGUUUCAUACAGGGAGGCUUAUGCUCCACAAUCUACUGAGCAGAUUGGUGUUAAUGAACCAGAAGUAGAGCCAGAGGCGGAACAACAAGAGCCAGAACGUGAAUAUUCAGCAGCAGGAAGAGCGCUUAAAACAAAAUAUACCAAGCUACGAGCCCGGCAAAAGGAACGGUUGGCUCGCAGAAAUGACGAAAUUUCUGCUGCUAGCCAUGCAGUUGACAUGAAGACGUCGCUUCAAGUUGAUGUAUCUGACCAUAAACAUGAUAAUGUGUUUCAACAUGCUGAAGAGAAAGCUAGUGCAGAGCUUGUUGAGGCAACCAACAACAAUCUAUUGCCUGUCCUGGGUUUAUGUGCUCCAAAUGCUAAUCAAAUCGAUUCAUCAAAUCGCCGGUAUUCCAAAUCUUAUAGAAGACAAGGAAAGCAAAUGGUGGUGCCGAAAGAGUUUCCUUUUCGUGUCGACAUCAAUCUUAAUAAUCAUGAGCCAGUAUCGGAUAGGGUUGGACUUGCACCAUCCUUGGAGGCAUCUCUUCAGACAUUUCAACAUCUGCAACUGCAGCAUCCACCAAUCUCACACGGGAAAGCUCCUGAGCUAUUCGAUAAUCUGGGUCCUUCUUCUUCUCAAGGAAAGAUGUCUCUCCCUAGAUUACCUUUCGACGAAAAAUUUCUGCCGCCAAGGUUUCCUUUUCCCACCAAUCAUUUACUUCCGGACUUUAUACCAAAUUUAUCACUUGGGACCAGAACUACAGAUCCAAACGAGGCUGCCAUGGUUCAUGACUUACCAACAAUGCCGUUGUUCCCAAAUCUGAAAUUCCCCCCAGACUUACCCGACAGGAAUUGGACUUCGAAGUUUGGUUUAGGUGCAGGACCGAUGCAACCUCCAUUCCCUUCGUUUCCCGAGAACCACAGAAGGGUUCUUGAAACCAUCAUGAUGAGAACAGGGCCAAGAAUGGAUAUUUGGUCCGAAGAAGAACUCGAUUUCUUGUGGGUUGGCGUCAGGAGACACGGUCGUGGAAACUGGGACGAUAUUUUGCGAGAUCCUAGGUUGAGAUUCUCUAAGUUAAAAACCGCUGAAGACAUGUCAGCAAGAUGGGAUGAAGAACAAUCCAAACUGAUGAAUGGGCCUACGGUUUCGAAUUCGAAACCUUUCCUCCGGCCUCCUCCGAAACAGACAAAAGCUGGGUCCAUGUUUCCAUCUAUAUCGGACGCAAUGAUGGCUAGGGCAUUGCAGGGGAGUAGAUUCUUCAGUCCAUCGAGGUUCCAAGGUCACCUCACAGAUAUGAAAUUGGGCCUCGACGCUCUUCCUAUGGGGGGCAUCAUCAAUAAUAGACAAGUCGAGGCCCACCCGUUUCAUUUUAAUUCAUUUGGAACCCCGUGCCCGCCCAGUUUGAAUGUGCCCGGUACAUCAUUGUUACAGUCGACUGCCCGUGAAGAACCUGUGGGCAGUUGUUCCAACAUCAGUAGUAAACUUCCUCAUUGGCUUCGGGAAGCAGUUAUUACUGUUCCUCAGAAAUCCCCAGAUCCUCAACUGCCACCAACUGUAUCAGCAAUUACACAGUCGAUUCGCCUCUUGUACGGGCCAGAAAAUCGGGCAACUAUUCCGCCUUUUUUAGUGCCUGGUCCUCCCCUUUCAGAACCGAAGGAUCCUAGGCUGGCAAAUAUAAAGAAGAAAAGAAAGCACAAGUCAAGUGAAUCGAAAAUAGCUCCUUCGGAUGACCCUUUAAACCUAAAUGUGAUAACUGCUGCUGCUGCAGCCGAUCUUCCCUCCGAGGAGAAAGUGGCUGGGGAGUCUAGCGAAAUCGAGUCAGAUGAGAAGGGGGAUAUGGUAGAGGAGGAGAUAUCAUCAGAAGGGACUGUGUCGGAUCAUCGCGAUUGCGAUUGAAUGUGAUUUAUUUUGGUUUAAAAUUUUGUAGACUUGACUAGAGAAGCAAGAUAACUACUUAUCCAUUGAAGGAAAGCUUAUAUAAUUUUAUUGUAAUUUUGUAAAGAAUUGUGCAAGAGAAAUGUAGUUAGUUAUUUUGUUA